AUGUCUUCCGGCGCUAGCUCUAGACGCAGCGAGUCGUUUCGUCCUCGUCCCAACUCUCUUUCCAAAAAGAACGAGCUGGAAAGCCAUCGCGAGUUGAGUGAGACUACCAACAGGCCUCGAGUGUUUACCGCGAAGUUCAAGAAAGACAACCUGGCUUCACAGUACACCAACAUGGCCGCAUAUCUGCCGUCCCCUUAUCAUCAAUCAGACCAGUUCUCAAAAGAUGGGCCUCGAAAAGCGCUUCUCAGCAGUGACUGGAGACAGAGACCUUCGGGAGCUCUCCAUCAAGUCAACAAUGUUGAAAAUUAUGACUUCGAACCGCAGCCCUAUCAAGUGGAAAAGAUCGACUCAAAUAUGCAUGGCAAGCACUUGCAGGAUCAAGACAGUACUUCGGCGAAGGAAAACUCACCCAAGUCCGCCAGCGAACUAGAGAUCAUCUCCCAAGGUCCAAGCAAGACAUCUCACGAUAACUCUAAACGUAAUGACAGAGAUCGUGGUGAUGGCAAAGACCCUCGCAAGUCUUCUAACAAGCCUCGCGAUCGCGGCAGCCCUGGUUUGGUCUUGGGUCCGAAGUAUUUGACGAAACUUGAGCGUCUAUACGGGCCUACAUCACACGGAGACACCAAUACACUCUCAUCUGCGAUUUCCCGCGCCCAUCAUACAGAUGCCACAGAGUUAUUCUCGGGUACACACAAUAAUUUUGGACUGGCCCUUGUCUCAAAGGCUGACUUUUCACACUGCCCCUACCCGCCUUCAGGCCUGACCAUGAAACCCAUGAUCCAGUUGCAACAAGUCGCCAGUCUUAGUGGUCUCCGAUCCAUACCAUGGAGCAAUUUGGACAGGCGUAGAUACAACGAGUACAUGGCCAACCAAGUGCUUUUAGCUAACACGACUCGGCAACGCACUGCAUCAAUCGACAGCAGGCUCAAAACUGGCCAAUCUAAUGAUCCCUGCGCUGAGUCAUGGAAGGGUGAAUCUGCAGAGGACAAGCGAUUUAAAAACAUGCUUGCCAAGCUCAAGGCGGGCAAAGCUCAGAGGAUGGAAGAUUCUCAAGCUAGUCAUGUUACACAUGGGCCUGAGCACGCGAGUUGCAGGUCAAGCUCGAGCACUGGAAAGUCCAGUAGGAAGGACUCCAGUUCUGCUUCCAACAACCUCAACCCCAGAGCCCCUUCGUUCUUUUCCAUGCCACAAAAUCAGAAGCCUGCAACCUAUCAUGGUAGAAGUCACACCACCAAUCCUCGACCUGAACUCUCUGCUCUGUUCGACGGACCCUCGUCAGAAAGUACAACAGAUGUGCUGUUUGCUUCUCCUCGCCGCCGUACAAGCAGCCUCCUGGGGUCCAACCAUGUUUCGGAUAGUCUCUUGUCUUUGGCUGAGAAGAUUAAGCGUGCAGCCCAAGACUCGCAGCAAAUUGAGCAAUUGACUGGUGCACCUCCAACAGAUGCGCAAGUUCAAGCCAUCAUGAGGCGACUGGGUAUAAAAAGCUUGAACAGCCACAUCAAACCAGAUGUUCAGCUUACCAGUCCAGCGGAUUUUGAAUCAGGAGAUCAAGCAAUCCCUCUUGAUCGUCAACCAUCUCUCAUCCAGGGCUGGAGCCAACGGGCCGGUGUGGGUUUCCAUCCCUCUUCAGUUUCAAGCACAACGACCACGGGUGGCUCUCAGAUGUCGUCUCUGCCAAAUUUUGGAUUGAGUCAUAGUCAAGCAAUCAAUCUCUUGCCUCCAUUACCAGUUGACUGUCCAGUGGUCAAUGGUCGGGUAGCGGGACAUAUACCUGGCUCUUUGCCUCCGCAGAUCAUGCCGCAGAACAACGGAAGCUACCAGCAAAGCAGGCCAUCCAUGAAAGAGAUCAUGGAAGGAAUCGAAACCGAGGUCCGUGCGAAUCCAUUUGCAGGUUGUCCUGAGGCGUCCAAACUGCUAGGUCCCUCAUUCAUUCACCUCCCUGGUCUGCCUCCCACUGUCAUUGGUCCUAAGCCAGUGAUGAAGCCAAAGGGGCCACCUCGUCCGCACGAUCCACUGUAG